AUUGCCAGUUCCGAAAGCAAAAAAAAAACAAAAAUGAGAAAGCAAGAACCGGAGGAAGCAAAUCGUAACGUCAAUAUGGAAACCGCAACAAGCGACCAAAGUCUCAUAACAAUUCUGGACGACAUCAAAUCUUCAAAACUUCCGGCUGUUAUUAACUACGGUGCUUCGUGGUGUGGAGUUUGUAGCCAGACGUUUCCUGCGUUCCAAGAGCUUAGCAGCAGUUUCAAAAGGAUCAAGUUUGUUUAUGCAGAUAUUGACGAGUGCCCUGAGACCACUCUUCACAUCCGUUACACUCCAACGUUUCAGUUCUACAGAGACGGUGAAAAGGUUGACGAGAUGUUUGGAGCUGGUGAAGAGAGGCUACAUGAUCGUCUUUGGCUUCUUUCUUGAAAUGUAUUCUUGAAAAAUCAAAUUAUUAACACCUAAAUGAUAAAAUAAAGAUAUCUGCAACCCUGUGCUACAUAAUUGAUAAGAUUAUUGUAAUAACAUAUGAAUAUUUAUUACCAAACUAAAUAGUGACUAUAUAUUUCUCUUUUUUAGUGAUCUA